AUACUACUUCUACUACUAUGGCUUACACUACUGAUACUACUACUACAACUCAGACUACUGUAGCUGCUUGUAGCACUUCAGCCACCAGAGUGACUCCUGGUGCUCCAUCUGGAGAUCAAACAGAGGAGGAGGAAACAGGUAAACUACUGAAAGCAAACAGUGUUGUCAUGACAGCGACAGGUGCUGAGUCAGCAGAUGAGGAGGAGCUGGAGGAAGAAACCUCCGCUACAGAUGAGGAAGCUGAAGUCGAGUCUCAGCAGAAAUCAUCGACUCCGACCAGAGGCAGACCAGAUCCUCCCAGCAGUCUGGCCUUGUCAGGGUCACGACCAAGGAAGAAGAAAGUCCUAGUGGCUCCAGCUCUCAGUCUGUCUUUAGGUGAGUCAGCCGUCUCUGAUGACUUCCCCUCAGCCUUUCUUUCCCCCUCACCUGAAGACGAUGAUGACACAGGGCUCGACUUUGACUUGGACGCCAUGGAAACGCCCUCCGACAGCGAAUCGCUGCCUUUCCCCAUCUAUGACUUGGACCUGGAAGAUGACCUGCGGCGUCUCGGCGUGGCGUCCUUCCGCCGCAGACGAUCCAGUCCCAGGUCCAGGUCUGACUCCCGGACCUGUUCUGUACCAGGGCUAGACCAAAGCGGCCUGGGAGCUCUGGAGAGGGAGGACAUGGUCGACAGUCAGGGUACCAGGUGGCGCUGUUUCUCCACGGGUGACCCUCCCCAGGAGAGCCGGGUCAACAUGAGCGUCCUGGAUCCGUUUCUCAGGGUGCUGUCCCACGGAGGUUACUAUGGAGAUGGUUUGAAUGACAUCAUCGUGUUUUCCUCCUGUUACCUGCCACAGAACAGUCUGGAGAAUUACCAGUAUGUGAUGGACAAUCUGUUCAGGUAUGUUGUAGGGACUCUGGAUCUGAUGGUUGCAGAAAACUAUGUGAUAGUGUAUCUCUGUGCUGGAGGUCAGAAAGACAAACUUCCAGGAAUCAGCUGGCUCAGAGAGUGUUACACCACCAUCCACAGGAGAUUGAGGAAGAACCUGAAGGGUUUCUACGUGGUUCAUCCCACCUGGUACAUCAAAGCCCUCAUCACUAUCAUCAAACCCUUCAUCAGCUCUAAGUUCAGCAGGAAGCUCCAGUUUGCCGACAGCCUUGAGGAUCUGUCUCAUUUCAUCCCCACUGAGCAUGUGCAGAUCCCCGACUGUGUCAGACAGUAUGACCAGAACCUGUCCAGGUGAAACUGCUGGAGGAUUUUAUCCUUCAGAAACACACAAAUCACUAGGAGUUUUUUUCCUGUUAGAUUUUAUACAUGUAUCUACCUGCUCCUCUCCACAUCCAGCAGGUGGAGAUCCAGCGUCUUGCUCAGCGACAACUAGUCAGUGUUUAAGGAUUAAUGCUGCUGUGUCAGUGAGCAGACCUCUGCAGAGCAGCAAACAAACAGAGCAACAACACAAACUCAGUGUUCUCAGUGCUGCUGCUUCCCUUCACCCACAGGUCAUCUUGAAAACAGUGUUACAGCUCUUCAAGUUUCAAACUGAAGUAAUCCUGCUCCCUGCAGCUCCAAAGUAAUUACAGAAAACACAUUUUUAUUCAUUUCAUUUAUAUACAUUAAAA